AUGGAAACUCACGGAGCGAUGAAAGUUACCGCACGAGGCAACAUGGUUAGGGAGCAGGAGGUGACAGAGGAACCAGAGACUGCCCCAACGCCUAAAUUUUGGACUCGCGAGCUGUAUGUCGGUUCAUUGCUGUUCAACCUAGGAGCUUUUGCCCUUCCGGCAUUGUACAGCACUCUCAGCAAGCUCUGGGUGGCCAAUAUCGACGCGAAGCAAGUUGUAACGACCGAUAUCUACACUUAUAUUGGUGUGAUUGUAGAAGUGCUGAAUGAGGGCCUGCCCCGCUCUGCAUGGCUCGUCAUUGGGGACAAGUCUACGCGCACUGUUUACUCACGACUGAACCUAGCGUACACAAUGAUCCUUGCACAAACUGCCCUUGGAGUCAUUAUGACAGUGAUAUUCCUGGCUGCCUCCAAAACGCUGGCCUCAGGAUUCGUACCAGUGGAAGUGCGACAAACUUCCAUCACCUACGUGCGACUGUCAUCUGUGCAGGCUGUGACCUCUGCUAUAGAAGCCGCUUUGUCUUCCUCGACCAGGGCGCUGGAUAACCCCGACGUGCCCUUGAUCAUUAGCUCUGCCAAGUUCCUCAUCAACAUAGUUCUCGAUUUACUAAUCAUUUCAAAGGUACAUGUUGGAGGAUGGAAACCUACGAUUGUCAUGCAGGCCAUAAUUCGGCUUGUUUGCGAUAGUGUCUCGUCUUUGGCUGGGUUGAUAUACUUCCUCACUGUUGUUGUGAGACGUUGUCAAAAGGAUGCAGAUGGUCCGCAUAGACUGCGCUGCAGUCUUUCCGCUUUGUUCAUCCUCAUCAAACCUAGUGCCUAUACAUUUGCCGAGUCGGCUAUCCGAAAUGCCAUUUAUCUGUGGCUUGUUCAUCAAAUUGUUCUUCUGGGAAGUGACUAUGCAACUUCAUGGGGAGUAUUUAACACGAUCCGCUGGGGGCUCGUCAUGGUCCCUGUUCAAGCAUUAGAGGCUUCCACAUUGGCUUUUGUGGGUCAUAAUUGGGGCCAAUACCGUGCUGAAAGUGGCAGGGAAUAUCCCGAGGCAACCAGACAAGAUCUUAUUGAACUCAUUCGGCCAGCGCUUCGAGCCUGCGUGAUUGUAUUGGUCUUUGAGACCACCAUGUGCAUUGCAUUGUCGCUGCGUGGGAUAGAGGCGUUUGCCUAUUAUCUAUCAGACUCGAGUGUCGUGGCAGAUAUCACUCAAACUAUGUGGAAGAAUAUCGACUGGACCUACAUAUUUUAUGGUUUAAAUUGCCAGAUCGCAGCGAUUCUUCUGGCAACAUCACCGCGAUGGUACCUUUAUCAAUCACUUGGGUCAAACUUCCUUUGGAUGCUGCCCUGGGCGAUUGUUGUUACAGUCAUAUCCCUGCCAAAAUCUCUAGCUUGGACAUAUUAUGCAAUAAUUUUCGGCGGAGCUCUUGUUUUCGACUUUGUGGACGUUGGAUUGACUGCUACGCUGUGGGCUUAUCGACUAACGAGAGGGAAGGUCGGAAUUGGAUCAGAGUCACAGAGUGAUUAA